GAAAAGUUAUUCAUAAUGUGGUAUUCUCAUAGAUGUUGGUGUGUUUAAUAGUAUUGCUAUCGAAACAAAACAGCAAACACGAGUGAAAAUAAGUUAUGGCUUAUUUAUGUGUCUAAUGAGAAAAUUGUACCAAACAUGGAUUUUAUGCCUGCGCACGAAGAUUUAUUUGGAACUGAACGUUAUAUUGCGCAACAGACAUAUUGAUUAAGUUUAACAACAAAUUAUUGCGCGUUGAAAAUUGUCGCGUUACAAUAACAGCAACAGGUGAUUUGCAGAAUGUUCAAAAAAGUUUUUGUAUUGCAUACUAUUUAAAUAAUUGCUGAUCAAUUAUUUAAUCAAUCAAUCAUUGAAGAAAUAUACCUCUCAUUCAGUGUGAUAUAAUUACUGGAAGUGAACAACAUUUCAUCAUUCUUCCGGGAUCUUAACACAACAUGGAAGAGUCGUAUUUUUCAAGUAGCCAUCUGACGUUCAGGCCAAACAUGGAACACUGCUUAUAUGGUGUUACAUGGACAUUCAACCAACAAACACAGUGUAUCGACACUCCGUUACAUAUACUAACACUGUGUCUCGGUAUCUUAGCAGCAUUGUUGUCUUCCGGUUCGUAUUUAAGAUUGUUGUGUAUGCACCGGAAGAAGAACGCUUUAGCCGGAAGUAAUGCGCUGUGUAUGUUCGUCGUGCUGCACGUGCUUGCCGAAUCUGUGUCCUUGAUAGGGGCCAUUUUUACCUACCAGCUGCCAACGCAGAUUGUGUACUCAAUUUGCAUGACAAGUGCGGCCGUACUGUCCAUUAUAUGUGUCAUCAGGACAUGCAUACGUGACAAACCCAAAGACGGAUACGAAGAUACUCGCAGAGCUACAAGAAACGCAUCAAAAUGUUGGCUGUGCCCCGUUGUUCUGUUGUUACCCAUCUCUGCAUUGGCAGUUACGAUAUCGCGCACUAAUAUGCUGCAAUUCGUGACAAGGGAGAUUACUCAUUCACCGCAGAACAACAGCAUGGUACCAAUCAAAUGGUUGCUGGGAUUUUUAUUCGGUGUUACGGCCGCAAUAACAAAGUUGUGUGGCAAAUUCACGGACGUAUAUAUAGCGUUUACCUAUGUGGACACAGGUCAGCGAUUAUCUAGAGUCCUCAUUUUCAGUGUAGUGGGGGAUCUUUGCUACGUCAUUUCCGUGUACACAUACAGUCUCACUAGAGAGUUUGCAUUCCUCACUCUGCCGUGGACCUUACCGAGAUUGGUCGCUGCAGGAAUUGAUACUGGCAUCACCGUGCAACGACUGCUACAAGACAAGUCGAGAAGGAAUAGGAAACUGUCGCAGGAUGACGCAGAGAAAUUGCUUAGUUCGGACGUGGAGAUCUCGAGUGACGGAAGUGAAGAGGUGAUCUGGGUCCCGCUGAAGGCCAUGGACUACGCCCGUCCUCAGUACUCUGUAGGAACCACUCGCAUGCAUAUAAUCUCUGACGCGGAUUCCUACGCCGAGAGCACGAUUGAGGACACUGCGUAUGAUGGAGACAGCGAAGACCGAGGGGUCAAGACCAAAACCUCCAAUGGAGCGAGAGCUAGUCGAUCGGUCACGCCAGCGUUGACACAACAACAAGAACAACAACAAAAACAACUACAACAACUAAAACACGAACAAAGAAGAAACAACCGAUGUAGGUCCUCCAUUCACCACUGCAGAUGAAUACCUUGACAACUAGCCUAAAACGUGUGGACAAUCGUCAUGAAGAUCCCAUAUGGUUUCAUGUGUUGAUACCGCUGUCAAUUGUUAAUUCUCAGAAACUUAUCGCAGCCUACAUCUUAUAGAUAACAUUUGACCAUGUUUCAGUCAAUAUUCUUUGUUAUUUCAAUAAUCGUGUGUGUGCUUUCUCUUGUUUGACGCGAACUACGCACUUGUAUUAUGUAUGUUGUUGUAAACGAAAUAAUAUCAAAUGAGUCGCUGGCCGCAUAUGGCAUAAUGUCCAUUUUCGCCGGUUGUGGCUAAUUAAUAUUCUUAUGACCACGACCACUGAUCAAGUAAGUCAAAAAUAUUAAGUAUUUGCAAUGAAGACAAAUAGUCAGUCUCAUUAUUGCGCUCGAAUGACUGUGACGUUAAGCCUUAUCAAAGAGUGUCUUCGUGUGUUGGUCGUUAAUUUAACCUCAUUAUAUUAGUGCGUGCUGCUUAUAGAACUCGAAAACCGUUUGUAUAUUUGCCUGUUAACAUAGUGUCAUUUACUUACUAUUAAUGCUUCUGAAAAGGUAUGCUACCAUACCAUACGAUGCCAUACGAUCCGAUACUAUACGAUACCAUACCACACCGUACAACACCGUACCAGACCACGCCAUACCACGCUAAUGUAAAGAUUUGCCUUAGGUUUAUGAAUACCAGCCCAGAAUUACUUUUUUGAAUCGCCCUUUGUACUUGGACGUAAAUUCGAUGUGUAUAUCAUGCUGUACGCACCGUGAAAUGUUGGCUUAUAUUUCAGACGUAUUCGACAAUGUAUUCUUUAAUCUUAAGAGUGCAGAAAAAAUUGCAAGAGAAACUGUCUUUUAUGCACUCAAGAUUUGUCUUUGUAUUUCAAUAACCUGAGAUAUUCGCAAACAUUCCUUCAAGAUAGGUCGAGAAGAAAUAGGAAACUGUCGCAUGAUUUGGCCGAGAGAUUGAUGAUACAUAUGUGUUGAUUAUCACAUCUAUGAUAUGUUUUAACAACUAUAAACAUACGUUUGCACCACA